AACUUGUACCGCUAGUAGUACGCUUCAUCUACCAAAAAUAUCUCAAUGAAUCCUAAGAAGAUUCUUAAGAUGGCAAAGAAAUUGCAGAAGAUAACUUCAUCUUCCACGACGACAACGACGACGUCGACAAUGAAUGUGAUUGCAGAUAAAGGGCAUUUUUUUGUGUACACAUUAGAGAAGAAAAGGUUCAUGGUGCCAUUGGCAUAUCUUGAGAGCACUGUGUUUCAGGAGCUGUUGAAAAUUUCAGAAGAAGAGUUUGGGUUGUCAUUUGAUGGUCCUAUUACAUUGCCUUGUGAUGCAGUGUUCAUGGAGUAUGUUUUGUCGUCUCUUGGAGGAAGGAUGUCUGAAGAAGCUGAGAGAGAAAUUGUUAGCUAUAUUCUUGCUAAUUACAGCUCUUCAUGUACCUUGCUCCCUGUGCAACAAAUGCAACAGCAACCAGUUGUUUUCAGUUUUUGAUAAAUGUUUAAUGUUUUGAUUAAUUGUAAUUGAUAAUUUGAUUGUGAAUGAGAAUGUA